AAAAUGUGUCCUUACCGUCAAAUCAACAAUCCCCGUACAAUCAUCAAUCCAUCUGCAUCUUGCCCUCUUUUUUCGUCCUUACCUACAUACACACUCCUUCGAGUUGUAUAUAUCUUUUCGCUCUCUGCAUAUUUUUUGCAAAGUACGCAAAGCACAAAACCCAACAUCUCAACUUCCUCCCGCACUCACCUACCCAAGUGCCACCUACACACACCGCCUUCGUAAAUGUCCCAGAGAAACUCCACGAUGGUCGCCAAUGGAUCUGCUACCGGCGCUGCCGCUGUCCCCUCGUACCUCCUGACCGGCAAGGUCGCUCUCGUCACUGGCUCAGGACGAGGCAUGGGCCGCGAGACGGCACUCGAACUGGCCCGCCGCGGCGCGGACGUGGUGGUCAACUACGCCAACAGCUCGAAAGCCGCAGACGAGCUCGUCGCCGAGAUCAAGGCCAUGGGCCGGGACGCGAUCGCCGUCAAGGCCAACGUGUCUGACGUGUCGCAGAUCAUCGACAUGUUUGCGCAGGCCAAGGCGCACUUCGGCAAGCUCGACAUCGUCGUGUCCAACUCGGGCGUCGUUUCCUUCGGGCACCUCAAGGACGUGACCGAGGAGGAGUUCGACCGCGUCUUCAACAUCAACACGCGCGGGCAGUUUUUCGUGGCGCGCGAGGCCUACAAGAACCUCGAGCCGUACGGGCGCAUCAUCCUGAUGGGCAGCAUCACGGGCCAGGCCAAGGGCGUGCCCAAGCACACGGUGUACAGCGGCAGCAAGGGCGCCAUCGAGACCUUUGUGCGCUGCAUGGCCAUCGACUGCGGCGACAAGAAGAUCACCGUCAACGCCGUCGCCCCCGGCGGCAUCAAGACCGACAUGUACCACGCCGUCUGCAAGGAGUACAUCCCCAACGGCGAGAACUUGACCGACGAUCAGGUCGACGAGUACGCCGCCACCUGGUCCCCCAUGAACCGCGUCGGUAUGCCCAUCGACGUCGCCAGAGUCACCGCUUUCCUGGCCAGCCAGGACGGUGAGUGGGUCAACGGAAAGGUCAUUGGCAUUGAUGGUGCUGCUUGUAUGUAAAAUUCCUCUCCCACACACAGCGGAACCCGUCGAUGCGCCCGUCGGAGCAAUGAGAUUCUGGAUGAAACUCGAGACAUGUGAAUCGGAAUUUUUGGGCUGAAAGAAGACGGAUGCUACCUGGAGUCAUAUAUCGUGGAUAAAAUGAAGUGUGACAGAAGAGCCAGGAUAUCAGCUCGUCAAUCUGACUUGGGCAAUACGGGCUGGUAAAUAGAGCUGGGGGUGAUUUCACCAAAAGCGCAAAUGGGGAGUUCUCUACGGAGUACACGUUUGCAUAUUGGGGAGCGUCGUAAACUUCUUCACUUCCUGGCUUUUCAGACUUGCAGAGUAAUCUAGACUUUUUGUUUCGCUCUCGCAGUGAAUAUUAUAGUUCAUUGAGCCCCCGUUGUCAUCUGGUAGUUGA